UCUCGCACUAUUCAAGAGAUUCAAAUGAAAAUCUGGAGGAGGCCCGUUUCUUUUAUUUUCUCGCUCUACUGGGUACGACUCGAUCAGGCUACUCUUAACACAGUUUGCUUCUCACUUGGUUCAGCUCUUCCCCCUCUUCAGCAUCAUGUCUCCUCCGAGAAUUCUUCUUUGCGGUGACGUUUUAGGCCGGCUCAACCAGCUCUUCAAGCGUGUCCAAUCGGUGAACAAAUCGGCGGGCCCAUUCGAUGCACUCUUUUGCGUGGGGCAGUUCUUUCCUGACUCCGCUGAGCAAUUAGAGGAAUUCACGGACUACAUUGAAGGCGGCGGCGGCCGCUCUCAAAUUCCUCUCCCCACCUACUUUAUCGGAGACUACGGUGUCGCCGCUCCCAAAGUCCUCUCCACUGCUUCCAGAAACUCCGCCAAUUUAGGCUUCAAAAUGGACGGCUUUAAAAUUUGUGAUAACCUUUUCUGGCUUAGAGGCAGCGGCAAGUUCACUCUCCACGGUUUAUCUGUUGUGUACUUAUCCGGUAGGCAGUCAUCAAAUGGCCAACACUUUGGAACAUACAGUCAAGAUGAUGUUGAUGCGUUGCGAGCAUUGGCCGAGGAACCUGGAGUUGUUGACUUGUUUUUAACUAAUGAAUGGCCCAGUGGUGUCACAAACAGAGCUUCUGCAUCUGAUAUUCCUGCAGGAUUAUUGGAUACUACAGGUUCUGAUUCUUCCGUAUCUGAGUUAGUAGCAGAGAUCAAACCACGCUACCACUUUGCAGGUACUAAGGGUGUUUUCUAUGCUCGUGAACCUUACUCUAAUGUUGAUGCUGUGCAUGUCACACGUUUCUUUGGUCUUGCUAUGGUUGGAAACAAGGAUAAGCAGAAAUUUAUCCACGCCAUUUCUCCCACUCCGGCAUCUACAAUGUCUGCUGCUGAGAUUAGCAUGAAACCUCCAAAUACUACCUUAUCUCCAUACACAUUAGUAGUAGAUAAAACAGCUCUCGAAGAAGUCACAAAGAGGUCUACUGCUAGUAUGUCAGAUUCACAAUAUUGGAGGUACGAUGUCUCCCAUAAACGACAUAAAUCUGGAUCUGGGGAAGGCAAUAAGCUAUGCUUUAAAUUUAUAUAUUCCGGUUCAUGUCCACGAGGAGAAAAGUGUAACUUCCAACAUGACAUGGAUGCAAGGGAACAACACUUAGGAGGUGUUUGUCUUGAUUUCCUUAUCAAAGGAAAAUGUGAAAGAGGUCCAGACUGCAACUUUAAGCACAACUUGCAGAAUGAAGGUGAGAGCCAUUCUCGUAGGAGACGCGGCUCUGAAAAUGAUAAUGGUAACAGGUCAAAAGAGUGUUGGUUUUGUUUGUCAAGCCCCAACGUGGAGUCACAUCUAAUCAUUAGCAUAGGAGAAUUUUACUAUUGUGCGCUGCCUAAAGGUCCCCUUGUUCAAGAUCAUGUUCUGGUAAUACCCAUUGAGCAUGCACCGUGUACCCUUUCACUAACUCAACAAAGUAACUCUGAGCUGGUAAAAUUCCAGAACAGUCUCAAGUUAUAUUACAAGAACCGAGGAAAGGAAGCUGUUUUAUUUGAGUGGAUUUCCAAACGGAGUAGCCAUGCUAAUAUUCAGGUUGUCCCUGUUCCAUCAACCAAAGCAGCAGCAGUUCAAGAUAUAUGUAACUUGGCUGCGGAAAAGUUGGGUUUUAAAUUUGUGGUAAUGAAGUUCAAUAACAGUUCAGAUGGGAGAGAAUGGUUAAGGAUGCAGUUCGAUAGGAACUAUAGUUUCUUCUAUGUGGAACUCACAGAAGGUACAAUACUGUCACAUUCAGUUGAGGAGAAUGAGAAUUUUCCAGCCCAAUUUGGACGCGAAGUUCUAGCAGGCUUGCUGAACAUGCCGGAGAGGGCUGAUUGGAGAAAUUGUGCACUUGGCAAAGACGAGGAGACAAAAAUGGCGGAAGAAUUCAAGAAACAAUUUGAAGAAUUGGAUCCAAAUCAAUGAUUUUGUCAAACAAAUGAUGGAACAUGCCGGGGAGGCUUGCUGAAUUGGAUUCAACUAAGUAGUUUACCACUAGGUUCUUUAACUGAUGGCGCUACUCACCUAAGGUACCCUAACCAGUUCCAUUUUAGGCUGCCGGAGGUCAGUUAGCUUCAUACCUGACAUGCAUUUGUCAUUGGAACAGUUAUGUGGAUGCUUUAAAAGAUGAUCAUCCACAUUUAUACGAUAGUUUGCCAGGUGUAUCUACUCUCUAAAAUUAUUUCUUUGUGAUCGGCUUGUCGCCCAUUUCUUAUA